AUGAUGUCACGAACACCUCAGCCAGUGCUGGUGCGCAAGGCAAAGAAAAGACUUGCCACGGCAGUGCUCGCUGGCCAGGAGGACAGCUACAAGAAUAUCAGCUGUGAUUAUAUCUGCCCAAUAUGUUUUGAUAUUAUAGAUGAAGCGUACAUGACCAAGUGUGGGCAUUCUUUCUGCCGUGAGUGCAUUGAGAAGAGCUUAGAGAGAAGCAACAGGUGUCCACGAUGUGUCGUGCCCAUAGAGAGUUCCUGCAGCAUCUUCCCAAACUUCACAUUGAUGGAGCUGAUCAGAAAAUAUCGCAACAGUGACGAACAAAAGAUGGUGAACAAGCAACAUCUGGACGUACAAGACUGGCAGGUUCUGUCCCAGGAUUGGGACCUGGGGGACAUCAACAACGUCAUGUCUUUGCUGGUUCAGAGAAAGCAGCAUUUGGAGCAGGGAACCAAGUUGGCAGAAACGCGAAUGCUGAAGAACUUUCUAGAGGAAGUCCGAGACAGGAAACAAAGGGAGUUGGACAAAGUGAAGAAACAGCUGGAGUUUCUGAAUCAGGAUUGCCAGUCGAUCGGGGAAGCAUUGCAAGAGUUUGAACAGAAGCAACUUGGCUGUAAUGAUCACCUUGUGCCUAACAACCCCGCCAGGUCAUCGACCGCAGGCUGCAGCAGCUCUAGUGGUGGCACUAAUGGGGAGGUUGCUGGAUCCAGCGGGGAUGCCAGGAGCUCUGGGGUCACUGAAUCUUUUGCUGGGGUUGCUGUUGCCCGGCCUAAAGUGGAGAUGUCGGAGGCCAGAAAGAAGAGAAAACUCAGCCAACAUUUCGAGGAUCUGGAAAAAGUGUAUCUAGACACCCGAGGCGGCUUGGGCUUAGGUGGUGAAAGUGAUGGCAGUUUAGAGCAGUUUGCUGUCUGCCUGUCCAAGUUUUCCCAGUAUACAUCCAUCCGAGCAGUUGCCAGUUUGAACUACACACAUGAAGUUUUCACAAACAGUUCGUCAAUAGUCUCCAGCAUUGAGUUUGACAGAGACAGUGAAUUUUUUGCCAUUGCCGGCGUGACAAAGAAGAUUAAAGUGUUUGAGUACGGGAUCAUCCGGGAUUCUGUCGUUGACCUACAUUAUCCAGUCACAGAGAUGAGCUGUGCAUCAAAGAUCAGCUGUAUAGCCUGGAACCCGUACAAGAAGCACAUGUUGAGCAGUGCCGACUACGAUGGAAUUGUCUACAUGUGGGACACCAGCACCAACCAGCGGACUCAGACAUUCCAGGAACAUGAAAAGAGAUGCUGGAGUGUGGACUUCAACCGCAUGGAUCCCAAGAUGUUGGCUUCUGGCUCAGAUGACACAAAAGUCAAACUCUGGGACUGGGAUCGAUCCACCUCUGUGAUGACAAUCGAGGGCGGAGCUAACGUCUGCUGUGUCAAGUUCAACCCGACAACUCGUUACAAUUUGGCCUUUGGUUCUGCAGAUCACUGUGUUCAUUACUAUGACCUUCGGCAUCCCAAGAAAGCACUGUACGUGUUCAGGGGUCAUGGAAAGGCAGUUUCUUACGUCAAGUUCCUGAAUGGCAAUGAUAUGGUGUCCGCGUCGACUGACAGUCAGCUGAAACUUUGGAGUCUAGGUCGUCACAACGCCAUUUCAACAUUUAAAGGUCACAUCAAUGAGAAGAACUUUGUGGGUCUAGCAACGGAUGGGGACUACAUCGCUUGUGGAAGUGAGAACAACUCCCUCUAUUUGUACUAUAAGGGAUUAACAAGACACAUACUGACGUACAAAUUUGAACCUGCACGCAGGUUAAUCGAAAAACCUGGCAAAGAUGAUGACUCCUCUGAGUUUGUUAGUGCUGUCACGUGGAAGCCGGAUUCCAACAUUUUAGUGGCGGCAAACAGUCAAGGAUUGGUAAAGCUACUGGAGCUAGUUUGA